GGAAUUUAGUUUGAGAGUUUGUCCACAGGAGUGGAGAAGAAAGAAUGAAGUUCAUCUUAUUUGGAUUCAGUGUUGGAAUUUUGUGCAGUGUUUUAGGAUAUUCUUUUGGAUAUGUUGAGGAAGUUUUCAAGUGGAAAAAUGUAGAAUUUGAAAAUCUACCAGUGCCAGAGGACACAUACGUGGGCCCGUAUAGAUACUACAUCCCUGAGAAUAAUGACAUUGGUAGUAUUGGCUACCAUCCUGCCAGUGGACUAAUGAUCCUAGUCUUACUGAGAGUAAGACCUGGUGUUCCAACAUCCUUGGCGGCAUUCUGUGUCAAUGAAAAUCCUCCAGGAUCAUCCCCAAAAGUUUGGGGUUUCCCAAGCUACCAAAUAAAUGCCCUCGAAGCAGGAGAUUUUGUGAGAGCUACGGAAGAAGAACUCGGUGGGAAUGUGUGGAAUAAACCUGGGAGUAGUUACAACUAUUUCUCCAACUCUCAGCUUCCUUCCUACGGUGAACCCCUCUCGUUAACAAUUCAACCCCCGAAGGCUGUUCAGAGGAUAGUCUCUGUGUUUCAAAUUACGAUCGAUGAGAGGUGCAACAGAGUCUUCUUCAUGGAUAAUGGGCAGGUGCAGUUCUACAGGAAUGCCACAUAUGCUGUGCAGAAGUCAGCUUUGUGGGUGAUGGAACUUCCGUCAAAUGGAUGUGAAACAAGGAGCUUUCCAAUUAUUCGAAGAUCUGAACUUCCUGUUAGAAUUGCUGAGAAGGGUUCCUAUGGAUUUACGCACAUUGCUCUGGAUUACAAAAAUGUAAUCUCAUGCGAAAGUCUUCACCUCUACAUUGCAAACACCCUAUUCAACUACUUACUAGUCUAUGAUUAUCAAAAUGAUGACUUCUGGGCAUUUGAUCAUCCAACCUUCCAUCCCGUUGUGGCAGAAUCUUCCUUCAUCUAUGACGGCUUCCUCGAUUACAGCAUGAAGAUGGGGUUGUUCUCAAUUAGUUUAGGCUAUCAGGAUGAGAAUGGGGAUAGGACAGCUUACUACACACCCAUUGCUGGAACAGCCCAAUAUUCCGUCUCCACAAAAGUCCUCAAAGACAAGCGCAAAACCUCCCUUAUCUACAAUCCAGAUGAUUUCAAAAUUACCGGAUAUUUGGGGUGCAAACAUCAACCCCUCAAGACGGCAAUUGACUACACAUACAGGGUGAUAUUCUAUGCUGAUGCUCAAACAAAUCAAAUCCGGUGCUGGAACUACAACACACCCCUCAAUCCCGACAAUAUUGGAGUUAUUUUUGAACCGACAAAAUUCAUCUUCAGCACACAAAUCUUCAUUGAUUCCCGCGGAUAUUUGUGGCUCCUGUCAAGUCCCCUCCCCGUGACCUACUCCUCAGACUUUCCCCUAAACUUGCACGAAGUCAACAGCAUAAUCUACCGCGUUAAAGUGUCUGAUGCCGUACGAGGAACAAUUUGUGAUGACGGAGACCAAAAUAGACCUGUAACAAUCUAAAAGAAAAAUUUGCUUAAAGAAAAUUAAUAUGCGACAGUUAUUACCAAAAAAAAAAUGUUUAGCGCGCGUGUGGAAAAAGGUCAAAUGGGAAAUCUUUUGUAUUAUUGAAUUGAUGGAAAAAUCUAUUAAAAAUCAAUAAAUUGUCGAAUUUGUAAAGCAAA